GCUAAUACACACUUCUCUUCCCCACAGUCCUGGUGAUCUGCGGCUCCCAGUCCAACGUGAGGCGCAUUAUGCUGGCGGCUUACGAGCUCAACAUGGUGGCCAAGGGGGAGUACGCCUUCUUCAACGUGGAGAUCUUUACCGGUACGUCAUCUAACUUCAAGCCAUGGCACAAUGCGAGCGACACGCCCGAGAGGAACCAGCAGGCCAAGAAGGCGUACGAGGCGGUGCUGAUGGUGACGGCACGCAGCCCUAGCAGCCACCGCUAUCGCAACUUCUCCAGCCAGGUGAAGAAGAUCGCGAGGGAAGAGUUCGAGUAUUCAGCCUAUGAGGACGAGACAGUGAACCCCUACGUGGCGGGCUUCUUCGAGGGCCUGUUGGUGUACGCCGCGGCUCUUAACACCACGCUGCAGCAGAACGGCUCUAUCACCGAUGGCCGUCACAUCAUCAGCAACAUGUGGAACAGAACCUUUGGCGCUGAUGUGGUGCCGCCCUGGUUUACAAGCAACAUCUCCAUUGACGAGCACGGCGACAGGAAGGCGGACUACACACUCCUCGACAUGAACUCUCUCACCGGCAUCUUCGAGCCUGUGGCGACAUACUACGGCGAGAGCGGUAGCCUGGAGUUCACCGGCAACAUCACGUGGCCGGGAGGGAGUCCACCCAGGGACAGGCCAAAGUGUGGCUUCGACAACUCGCUUUGCCCUGAAACUACCGGUCCCUGGAGUAUCGUGGCGGGCCUGCUGGCGCUGCUGGUUGUGGUCAUGGCGGUUGGCAGCGUCUUCAUAUACAGGCAUUACAAGCUGGAGGCGGACCUGGCCUCCAUGACGUGGCGCGUCUCCUGGGAGGACGUGGAGAUUACCGACUUGACCAAGAGGGGCAAGUGUGGCUCCAAGAUCUCCGUGGGCAAGAUAAGCAUUACUACGUGUGCCUCUGUGGAUUCCCUGGUGGAGAAUCGCCAGGUGUUCAUCCGCACGGGCAAAUACAAGGUGCAUGGCCUCACUAGACAGGGCGUCACGGUGGCCAUCAAGAAGCUGAACAAGGACCGCGUGGAGCUUGACAGACCCAUGCUCAUCCAACUCAAACGGAUGAAGGACCUUCAGUACGAACACCUGGCGAGGUUCAUCGGAGUGUGCGUGGACCCAAAGCCUUACUGCGCCUUCUUUACCGAGUACUGCCCCAAAGGCUCCCUGCAAGACAUUCUGGAGAACGAAGACGUUCAGCUGGACUCCAUGUUCAAGAUGUCACUUAUGCAUGACAUCGUGAAGGGGAUGGCCUUCCUGCACUCCAGCGAACUGCGGACACACGGCAACCUCAAGUCCAGCAACUGUGUCGUUGACUCGCGCUUCGUCCUCAAGCUCACCGACUUCGGACUUCACAGCCUCAGGGAGAGCGAGAGUCAGUCCCCAGACUACCACGUGUUCUGGAAAAGCAAGCUAUGGACGGCCCCAGAAAUCCUGCGCAACCCAAACCCGCCCGCGGAAGGAACUCAGAAGGCGGACGUGUACUCAUUCGCCGUCAUAGUCCACGAGAUAAUCUACAGGAUGGGCGCCUUCUACGUCAAGGAUGAGAGUCUCUCUGCACAGCAGAUAGUGGAGAAUGUUAAGAACGGCGGCGUGACUCCGUUCCGGCCCAGCACCGAGGACGAGGUGGCGGAGGAGGAGGUGAUGCAGAUGAUGAAGAAGUGCUGGGCUGAGGAGUGCAUGGAGCGACCCGACUUCCAGCAGCUCAAGACUAUCAUUCGUCGACUCAACAAGGAUAACGAGUCUGGCAACAUCUUGGACAACCUGCUGUCCCGCAUGGAGCAGUACGCCAACAACCUGGAGGCGCUGGUGCAGGAGAGGACCGCGGACUACUUGGAGGAGAAGCGUCGGUGCGAGGAGCUCCUAUACCAGCUGCUGCCGAAGUCGGUGGCCAGCGCGUUAAUUCAAGGCCAGAGCAAGAUCGCGGAGACCUUCGACUGCGUCACCAUCUAUUUCAGCGACAUCGUCGGGUUCACAGCGCUCUCCGCCCAGUCAACGCCCAUGCAGGUGGUGCAUCUCCUCAAUGACCUAUACACGCGAUUCGAUGCCAUCAUUGAGAACUUCGACGUGUACAAGGUGGAGACCAUAGGUGACGCGUACAUGGUGGUAUCGGGACUGCCGGUGAGGAACGGCACCGCACACACACGGGAGAUCGCCAGGAUGUCCUUAGCGCUGCUUAGGGAGGUAGAGACCUUUACUAUUCCCCACCGACCUGAGGACAAGCUGAAGCUGAGGAUCGGAAUGCACACAGGGCCUUGCGUGGCCGGCGUGGUGGGCCUCAAGAUGCCUCGCUACUGCCUCUUCGGUGACACUGUCAACACCGCCUCCCGAAUGGAGAGUAAUGGACAACCACUGAAGAUCCACGUCUCCCCCUUCACCCAGAAGUUACUUGCUGAGCACUACCCGUCCUUCGUGUUGGAACUGCGAGGCGAGGUUGACAUGAAGGGCAAGGGGAGGAUGAACACCUACUGGCUGCUUGGAGAGAACGAUUCUGGAGCUUAAGGUACACCAUCUGUCUCUCUCACAAAGACUCCAACGUCCAGCAGGCCACUGUCUGCGGCCCCCACGCCUCCGCCGCUCAGGGUCAUAGCACCCACCAUCCCUGAGAAGCCCAUCACUAGAUGGAUUCAAGGAUCCCCUUUCCUUCUGUCUCCAGGCACCGCGACGCAGCCCUCACGCCUCGCACCUUAGCGUUCUCCUCAACCCGGCAUUACCGAAAGCUUGCAAGAUGUUUAUAAGCCUUGCAUAUUUCUCGUCUAGUAGCGGCACAUAUGUGCGGGAUUCAGUAGGUUAUCGAAUAAUAUAAUGUUCUAUGAUAGAUGCUCAUUGAAGAAAAACUAAACAGGCCAACGUGAUAACGUUUACGUGCAGCCAACUAUUUAUAGAAAAUUAUUUAUUGAGUAUCAGCUUGACUGUGUAGAUAGUCCCAGGAUCAUGCUUCCUGGAGGAGCCGCAGAAAACUCUAUGAGCUGGGGCCAGUGUGGGGCAGUCGUUGGAGCGGGGAUGGGUUGUAGCGCGGUACGCGGCUUGGGCCGCGUACAUUCUCUUCCGACACUACGCCCUCCACCAGGACCAAACGCCUCCAUGAGCAGCAGCAACCUUCUCGCCCCUUGCCACAGAUGUCGGCAGAGGAAUGGCCGACAGAGGGUUUUGGUGGUCUUUGUUCGAACACGAGGUAUUUAUUUGUUAAUUUAAUUAAAGUAUGAAAUAUAUCGAUGGCCCCGUUGCCGCGAAACUUAGAUUUAUCACCUCAAGGACGAUUUGUGUCAAAUUUGUUUAGAAUUUUAGAGUUCAUGUAGGCCGGUUGUCUUCUAUGUCGCUGGUUAAUGGUGUGUGUCAGGGCUCGAAGUUCAGUCGGUGUUGAUAUGUUUCCAGGCCAGUUUAGUUCCACUCGUUCAUUUCAAUAUGUGUAACUGUAGGUAUGGCAGCGUUUUUCUAAGGUGUUCAGUGUAGCUAAUACGGCUUGCUAACCGAUGUUAAAUCUUGUCUCAAGACGCUUUUUAUGUAAACUUAAUGUUUGUACUGUCAUAUACAUUUCGUUUGUUUAUUUUGACCAUUCAAAUGAGUUAUUCGAAUGCAGCACUCAAGUUCGCAUACUUGUAUCCACCUACGUCCAGACGACCAAGCGGCGACUCCCUGGCAACGAUACCCACCAUAAUGGAAAGUAGUGUCCGCCUUCACGAUGAGACUGCAGAGCUGGUUGUUGUCUGGACGAAGGGCAAUGUGCUGAUUCCUAUAAGCUUGUCCUGGAACUCCCAAUCCUCCCUCCCUACUUUCCUUUUCUAUUCUUCAGAACCUUUCCCCCUCCAAAAAUUUGACUUCUGUUUUCCUUACUUUUAUAGUUCUCUCUCCACUCCCUGACAAACGUCAUUCAUUCCCGCUCCCCCCUUUGCCUUGGUCUGGGCAGUUUUCUGCAUUUCCCCUCUGUCGACCAACUUCACCAAGAGCCUCUCUAUCAUGCACUAGAGCGUCAGCCCCUCGCUGGCCCUAGAGCCUCGCGCCCCGCCCAGGAAACAGCACUUCAGUCGAAACUUACUGGUACGUUUGAUGAGCAAAGUAACACCUUGACUGAUUUUAUUCAUGGCAUGUACUUGCCUUUCUUGAAGACCUGAAUGAAACGUAGCACUAAAAAUUCUGACAGGAUUCGAGCAUUUAAGUUAUUGCAUAAUUUAUGUAGGUGUGUCCAUCAUCAUACAGUUAAUUUACUGCUAUUUAGCAAACUUCAUGGUGUCGUUAUAAUAUCUAUGUUAUGUAUAAAAUAAUAUGAAGUUUGUUCUAUAGCAGAUAAAUGUUAUAUUAAUGGAUCUUUUCGCAUCAUGGCAAGAUUCACGUAAACCUUAGCGUCAGGCAGUGACGUGGGUUUCCUAAGACACUGACCUACUCGACACCGAAGUCUUGCGGCGCCGCAGCUCCGAUGCCGCGCCAUGCCCUACCCUCCCCUCCUGCAGCCACUCAGGAGUGUAAAACCUGCAAGAUAUAUUUUUCUCGCGGCUGAAUCUUUCUUCAACUUUCAUCUAGUCUCUCUCAGAGUUUCGGUUGCUCUGUAUUUUAUCAAUAAAUACAUUCUAUUAAUAUAUACUUGAUAAAGACACAGAAUUAUUACUAUGUGUGAAUAAUAUUGUACAAACGCUCGUGUUUUCGUAGAAAAUUAUAUUUCCACGGAAUUCUCUUCACCGCCCCAAUAGAUGAUUCAUGUUCAGUGUUGGCGUAGCCAAGGCAUCAGUGUAGAAUCACUGUUGCAGUUUAGCAUAAGGUACUAUACUUUAUAGAGCUGCAAAAAAUAGUAAAAUAGUAGCAGAGUCGACAACUGCCCUGUACACCUACACACACAGAGGGUGGAGUAAAGUCUGAUGGACAGGCGAUCAUUACUUGAUUUCACAGGUAGUCAGUGAGUAGGGUGGGUGAGCACCUUGCAGUCUGCCCGGCUCCCGCUCGCUGACCACCCGUGACGAGGCCUUUCUGUUAAGUAGAUCUGCUCCUGAGCCCCACCCUACAAAACGUGUGUGUAAGUCAACAGUCUGACAUAUACUAAUAAGUAAAUAAAUAACAACCUCCUGCGGUCCUAGAUUACGGUCCCUUGAGGAACGAGGAAUGAGCAUUGUGCAGGCCGGCCAAGCGUCACGCCCUGCGCCACCCGCCUGUAUGGUGGGCACCGGCCAGGAGUGACGCCAUGUAAGUAUGUAUACUAAACAUGACGUAUGUUCAGUAUGUCCAAAUAAAUUAUUGUGAACUACUGUA